AUGAAAAUGGGGAGAGGUAAGGGUUUUGGGAAGGGUUUACUCUCCGAAAAAGCUGUUUUUGGAGUGGAAUUUUGAGAAAAACGGGAAAAAUCGAAUUUUCCAGCUAGCCAAAUCGAAGAGAUGCACAGAUUAUUUCGAGAACGAGCGAAAUACCUGCCAGAUGUAAAUGGACCAGUUCUGCUAAAUGGAGAAACAUUGAAUUUCUAUAUGGAUUGGCUUCAUUCAAUGAAUCAAAUGAAUCAGGAAGGUCUAUCGGUUCAUUAUUUCCUCACGGAUAUGUAUCAUCAUGUGGAGAAGAAAUUGAAAACACAUAUUCAAAUUCCAUUCCAAAAAGCACAAAUCUAUGCAGUUCGUCGAAAACUUUACAAGCGAUUCGAUUCGUCGAUUCUUGAUAAAGAUAUGAUUGUUUUUCCGAUUCAUCUUCCCGAUAUUCAACAUUGGUUUCUUGCAAUUAUUCAUCGACCAGCUGACGCGAUUCGAAAGAAAAUCACACCUUCGGCGGCACAGCAAGAAGAAGAAGGAGCUGCAAGCCAAGAUUUCAAUAAUAAUCUUGAUGAUUUUGAUGUGACAGUUGGUGGCGGAUGUCGAAUUGUGAUUUUGGAUAGUUUAUAUGGAACGAAGAAUUAUGGAGAGGAAUUGAAGGUGGAAUAUGCGAAGGUUUUCGAGAAUUUAAAAGUUUGGAUUCAAUUGACGGCUGAUUUUGAGAGUAAUAUUGUUAUGACAAGUCGAAUCAAGUGAGUGAAUUCAAAAAUUGCAGAAAAUACUUGCUAUGACGUGGCGAACUUCGGAAAUUCAGGAAAAAUCGUGACUUUGCGCGAAAAUUUCGCUCUGAAGGGAACAUUUUGUCUACAAUUCAAUUUUCGGAGUGAAAUUUUUCAAAAAUACCAUAUUUUGAACUUUUUCAACUUGCAAUAGUAGUUUUCGACCCACUGAUCACGAUCCCGCUGUCUAAAAUUGCAAAUCUCAACUUCUAACAUGAGUUAUGACGUGGCAAAGAUGGAAAAUUGGGACUUUAGGAGGACAGAACUUGCUUUCAAAGUUAUUUUCAUAAAAAUCUGACAGCAUAGGGUUGUUCAGGAAACAAAUUUUUUAAAUCGAGCCUCCUGAAGGAUGCCAUGCUAUCAGAUUUUUAUGAAAAUAGUUAUGAAGGCGAUUUCUGACCCUCCAAAGUUCCAAUUUUCCAACUUUGCCACGUCAUAACUCAUGUUAGGAGUUGAGCUUUGCAGUUUUAGACAACGCGAUCGUGAUCAGUGGGUCGAAAACUACUAGAAAAUAUAUUUUUCCUUAAAAUUUCUCGAUUGCAAGUAGAAAAGUUCAAAAUAUAGUAUUUUUGAUAAAUUUCGCUCUGAAAAUUGAACUGUAGACAAAAUGUCCCCCUUCAGAGCGAAAUUCUCGCGAAAUGUCACGAUUUUUCCUGAAUUUCUAGAGUUUGCCACGUCAUAGAUCGAAAAAUCAUGAUUUUCGAGUUUUGAAACGGAAUUUUCAACAGCAAAAUGUCAUAUUUCAGAACAGUCGUCUGCAAAAACCUGCCAAUUCAAAAGACCAACUUCGAAUGCGGUAUUUAUAUGCUCGUCUUCGCCGAAUAUUUCACCGUCUACAACACUGAAUGGAUCGAUUGGGAAACUGAAGAAAUCGAGAAUUUGAUGAUCGAUGAAACAGUCCAAGAACAUCUUGAAAGUGGCGAAUCGCGAAAACGAUUGAAUGCUGAAAUUCAGCGAUGGAAAUGGAAAUAA